CAUUAUGGCGGCCUCGACGGCUGGUCCGUCAGCUCACUCUACAGGUCGAAAUAGGUUGGAAAUAGGCAUACUUCAUGGAGUGACUUGAAAGCCGGUUGAACGUUUUCGUUCUCAUGACUAUCCGCUAUCUUGCUCUUAUCUUUUCAAGCUCGGAAAAUUCAGGCCAUGUCAAGGCUUCCAGCCCCAGAGAACCCUGGCGUGGUUGAAGGAGAUGAAGACCCGUCCAAGUCCAGUUCUCUCGAAAUCCAGCAGCCGGAACUCCAGAAGCGCAAAGGAAUUACUUUUGUUUCAUCAAUAAGCAAGGACGAGCCAGAAGUGACGAGGCGAGAGUUGUGGGCUUACUACUUAUAUUAUAAUGGAGACAAUGGUGUCGGUCCAAAUGGCUAUUCCCUCACUCUGUUUCAACUUUGGGCAACAGCUGCAGGAUAUGACCGUGCACAAGGACCUGGUUCUUCAUGCACGGCUUCUUCAGAUUGUGUGCUACCAUGGGGUAACGGUGUCAAGGCAGUCGCAAGUGUGGUCCUUGUUGCUAAUGGCGUCAGUUUCGCCGUUAUGACGUUCAUAUUCACGACAAUCGGAUCUGCCGCUGACUACGGAAGUUUUGGUCGAUGGUUACUCCUUGUCAUCACCUGUAUCUGCUGGGGAGCUCAGUUUGCCAGUGUCAGCCUCACUUCUCCUUCACGUUGGGGCGCUGCUAUGGCUUUGUAUAUGAUUGGAUUCAUCUCUUACGGUGCCACUCUUGUUUUUUAUGCCGCUGUCUUUCCUCGGUUGGCACGAAAUACUCACCACUCGCGGGCGCUACGCGCCAGCUACGAAGCAGGUGAGAUAGAUCAUGAAGUAUACGAGACAGAAGAGAGUUUGGAGAAGAACAGGAUUAGCAAUAUCAGUACGGCACACAGUAACAUCGGCUACAUCGCAACUCUCUGCCUAAAUUUAAGCUUGCUGUUGCCUCUGACUAACAACCCGAAGGUCAACAACUAUGUCAUUGUUCUAACAAAUGGUUACUGGGUCCUUACAGGCAUCUGGUGGUUCAUUUUUCAACAACCUCGACCUGGCCCUCCUUUGCCUAAAGGCGAGCACUAUUUGACUGUUGGAUGGAAACAGAUAUGGGCUGCUCUAAAGCAAUACAAGAAGCUUCCCUACACAUUUACCUAUAUUUUUGCUUUCUUCCUUCUCGCGGACGGUCUGAACACGACAGGGACUCUUGUUUUGAUAUGUCAGAACGACAAGUUCUCAUUUAGUUUUCUACAAAACACGUACCUUGGUUUGGCGCAAGCUAUCACAUCUACUGCUAGCACAUUUGGAUUUUGGUAUAUUCAGAAAUACUGGAAGAUUAGCACAAAGAAGAUGUUCGUUGUGACGAAUGUUGUUACAAUCCUCAUUCCUCUAUGGGGUAUGAUUGGGAUCUGGACGAAUACCAUAGGGUAUCACAAUGUUUGGGAAUUUUGGUUCUACAAUGUUAUAUUUGGCAUUUUCCAAGCACCAUAUUAUGCCUUCUCUCAAACCAUGAUGGCUGAACUCACUCCUCCCGGCUUCGAUAAUAUGUUCUUUGGUCUCUUCGGUUUAUCAAACCGCGCAUCCUCAAUGAUAGGGCCGAAUGUUAUACAGGCGAUCAUUAAUAACAGUGGAAAUAAUUGGAUGGGGUUCCCGUUCUUGUUUGCUCUCUGUACUGCUGCAUCCCUGGUUAUUUGGUUUGGAGUGGAUAUUCAUAAGGGGCGACGAGAUGCUGUAGCGUGGGCGAAGGACAUUAGGAACAGUCAAGGAGAAUAAUGACAAAUAUCAACUCUGGAGUCUCAAGAUGUCGUAUCUAGUAUUCCUGUGAUUUGUAGAGUCUAUUAUCAGUCUAUGUAUACAUAACUUUGUCUAUAA